AGGUGCCACGAAAAGAGCAACUAAGUCACAUCGAUAUCACAUUUAUAACGCAACCAAUUAAUUUUCUGAUGAAUUUCAAAAAAAAAAUUAACAUUAUAUUUACACUAGCUUACUUUAAAUAAAUAAAAUAAUAAACAACCUUAAGCCAGUGAAGAAUGUAUCACAAAAAUAAUGUAAGCUUAUCUUGAGAGAACUUUGGACUUUUUGAUUUUCUCGUAUCCAGCCUCAACCUCGUUUUGAAAAAGACAUAUAAUUUGUUCGCAUCUUGAAAAUGAGGGUAUAGUUGGAGAAAAAAUAAUUCGUUCACCGCAAACCAAAAGAAUUUGACAUUUGCGAAAACAGCUGACAGAUCUGACAAUGGCAGCAGCAAAUGGACAAAUAACCAGCUACAGUGAUUACCAAGAAGUAUUUGUUAAACUCAGGGAACUACCCAACUACGCCGACCUUAAGAGAAAAGUCGACGAUGUGGUCAAAAACAGUUCUUGGUGGGAUCUUUAUGGUGUCGAUUGGAUGAUCACUCUCUGCGGAUUUGCCUGCCUCCCCGUCGGUUGGCUGUUGUUAAGGUCAUAUAAUCCCAUUCUUUUCCUCCUUGGGAUGUUCAUCGUCGGCUGUGUCCAUGCACUGCUUGCCAACAAAUGUGGACACCUGGUCGUACAUAAUGCAAUGUGCGUCUCGAAGAAAUGGGGUGUGUUCUGGCGAAUUUUCUUCGGUGAGCUUUGUGGAUCAUUUUCUGACGAAAUGGGCAUGGAAAUUCACGUCAAAAUACACCAUCCACAUACAAAUAUCAUAGGACUUGGGGACUCUAGUUCCUGGAGAGCACCAUUUCUCCCAUGCUACAUUUACAUGUUUUUGGCUCCACUGGCAUUACCUGCCCUGACCCCGUUCAUUUCUUUAGUGUUACUCUGGGGACGAUGGCUAAAGAUUUUGCGCUGGCUUCCUGUGAUGACAGCCGGCCUGGUGAUAAAUGCCUACAUUCUUGUCCAUGUCUCUGGGUUUACCUGGACCGGAGCACUGUGGUGUAUGUGUGUAAGCCGUGCUGUGCUGGCCAUACCCUACAUCCAUGUCAACAUUUUCCAGCACAUAGGAUUGCCCAUGUACGACAGAAAGCACCGCCCAAAAAGGAUUUAUCAAAUGUCCACAGGUGUGCUGAAUCUGUCUCGAAACCUCAUCCUGGACUACUGUUUUGGGCAUUCACUCAUCAGUUGUCAUGUUGAGCACCACUUGUUCAACAGACUUUCUGAUAAUAUGUGCCUGAAGAUCAAACCACUGGUGAAGCAGUUCUUAAAGGAUAAUGGUUUGCCAUACCAAGAGGCAGAUUACAUGGAAAGAGUCAACUUUUUUGUUUCAAAAUAUGAUGAUCUUAUGGUGAAGUUGCCACCUGUUAUUCACUUUGUUGGUAUUCAGUAACUUCAACUUAAGGUUGCUUCAAAAGAGAUGAAAGUGAGAGGACAGAAGAUGGAUUAUAACUCAAUUUAAUGCAACUUAUUUAGUGCUGUGAUAAUUAAAAACCUACCAGUUAGAUAAACAAGCAUUCUGUUGUUGAUCAAUGCACUUUCAUUUAUGACAUUUGAAAAUGUGAGAACACAAACUGUAUUGACUGUGAAACAGUUCAUUGAGUGAAUUUUCUCUGUGCCAAAGUAGAUUAUGUUUACGUAAUUUGCAAAAUUCUUUAUGCUGAAUGAUUCAUUUGAAAUGUUAUCCUACAAAUGUCUGGGCCAUAGGAUGAGCAAAAAGCAGAGGGGGAGGGGGGCACAGCUCUUGAAGGCCAUGAUUCAUACAGGCAGGGUUUUUCAAUUGCCUUUGGUACUUGUCUAGAUGCUGACUGAAGGAAAAUCAGAGGUUUCUAACUGACAGCUGGGAAAAAGGAAAGUGCUGACUUAAGUUUAAAAAAUCUUUGUCAAAAAAAUCCCCUCCUUCCUUCAGCCUACAGCCCAGAUUAUUCAGUACUUAGUUGAAAGUAUUUUCUGUUUAUAUGUGGUAAUGUGGAGUGUUCACUUAAGUUUUGAAUUUAUGUCUUGAUGUGUUUUCACAUUAAUACACUGGUUAAAAAUGACAGGUCUUUAAAUGUAAUUUAAGAAUAUUUUCCUAACACUGUAGAUAUUUAAUUGUAGUUUUUUGACAUUGAACUGAUGUACCAUAAGCAUUCCUUUUAAACUGGUGUUUUGUGUGAUGUUGUGAAUUUACCUCUAUCAGUAUUCAAGUAAAUUGUUAUGCACAAUUGUAA